AUGGCGGCUAUUUCUUCACCAGCGGCGAAACGUCUCGAAGAACGACCUGCAGUAGUGGAGCAAUUCGACUUGAGUGAGGACACAGAAAAGUCAAUACUUGAUCAACACAAAGAGGAAGAUCUCGCAACUAAGUGGGAAAUCUGGGCAUAUUACGCUUAUUAUAUCGGAAACAACGGUCUCUCAUUGUUCAAUUUUGCACCCACAGCAUUCCAAAAUCUUCUGUAUGAAGCCGCCGGAGAUUCCGACAUUCUUCGCUUCGCGGGAAAGCUCCGUUCAGUCGAAAGCAUUGUCUUGCUAUGCAACGGGAUAUCUUUCGCUAUCCAGAUUGUGGUAUUCCUGGUGAUUGGAAGUUUCGCUGAUAUUGGAAACUGGCGCCCAAAUAUCCUGAUUGUUCUCUCUAUAUUUGCAUAUGCUAUAGGUUUUGCCUGGUUGGGCGUUCACACCAAAGAGAAAUGGGAGAUCGGCGUUGGACUGUACAUUGUUGGGCUUAUUGCCUACCAGACGACACUGACCUUUUGGACAGCCGCAUUUCCUUCACUUGCGCGUAAUAGUGCAGAGAUGAGAGAAAGGGCCAGUGAUUUUGCGCAUGGCGAUAUUUCUCGCGAAGAGUACGACUAUGCCGACACGAUGAAGAGAAGCCAGCUUGCGAACGUGGCCUUCUAUAUUCAGUCCGUUGCCGAGAUUGUCAUUCUUGCUAUCAUUGUUGGCAUCAUGUUUGGCAUUGAUGUUAAUGCGAGUGAAGCAAGGAAUAAUUGGGGCUUGAGUGUCCUUAUUGGCUUUGCGAGUGGUGUAUGGCUACUGGUUUCAUUGCCGUGGUUCUUUUUGGAAAAGCGGCGACCGGGGCAAGAUCCAGGAUCUAGAAAUAUCAUCAUGGCAGGUCUGUCACAACUCUACUUUGCAAUGAGUCAGGUCUGGAAGCUGAAACAGAGCUUGCUCUAUCUCAUUGGAUACUUCUUGUUGGGCGAUUCAUUGAACACGACGGUCACUGUGAUUUCGACUUUGCAGAAUAGUUUGGUCGCAUACAACACACUACAACUUACAUACCUGCUAAUUGUGGGUAUUGCAGCACAGGCAGUUGGUAUAUAUCUCUUCUGGGCUAUUCAACAGCGAUAUCGCCUUGGAACGAAGACUAUGUUCAACAUUAUCGCUUUCGGUAUUGUUCUCCUUGAUGGCUGGGGAAUGAUAGGAAAUUGGACUACCAAAUUUGGGUUUCAUAAUGUAUGGGAAGUUUGGGUAUACCAAGCCUUCUAUGGCCUCUUAAUCUGCCCUUGGUACAGUUACUCGCAAAUUAUGAUCUCAGAGGUGACACCCCGAGGGUACGAGUUCCUUUUCUUCAGUCUUUUCAGUAUUGUCGGAAAGACAUCGUCCUUCAUAGGCCCUCUUGUAUCUAGUGCUAUUAUUGAUGCUACGCCUUCUGGCAAUGUGUCUGCGCCGUUCUAUUUCCUAUUUGGAUUAAGCUUGCUGAGCUUUGGCAUCUUGGUUAUAGGAGUGGAUUUGAAAAAGAGCCGCACGGAACAAGACCACUUUUUGAAGAAGAAGAAAGAGCGCAAGUGA